UCAAAUUCAACAUGGCUGCUGUCUGAAAAUUAAGGAGGAGCUGUCUUUAGCAAUAAAAUAAUCAGGGAUUUUUAAAGUACAAUAGAGUAUACUAAGUACAGUGUAGUGUAGCCGCUGGUCCAACAUGGCGCAAUGUGUUCAGUCCGUGCAGGAGUUCGUUCAGGACUCGUUCGUCCCUAUGGUUGCCGUCUUAUGUAGUGAAGAAGCGGAGAGAGUGACUCGCAAGAACAACCUGAAUUUCGCUGAGCUUCUAAGGCCUUUCUGCAGACUAACGUCCGAAGGUCACAUCCGGGACCCCAACAACCAGAUGCAGGUUGUGAAAAACUUGCGCAUUUGUGUCAACAAUGUGGCAACGAGUCCAAACACAGCAUCAUCUGCUCUCAGCCCCGCACAGCGACGGAUGCUCAAUGAAGUGGUGUUAUCUUGCCAGCCACAAGAGGGUGCUGUGUCCCAUGUGAUAACAGCAGGAGACUAUAACCUCAACUUUAGUGCAACCACACCCUGGUUUGAAACCUACAGGGAGAACUUCCUGCAGUCUAUGCCUGCCUCUGAACACGAGUUCCUCAAUCACUACCUUGCCUGCCUAUUGGUUGUGUCCUCCACAGAGUCAGUCCCUGUGGAGCAAUUCCUCAAGCUCUCUCAGGAGCAGCACAGGAUUCAGCACAGUGGAGAAUAUACGAACCCGAGGUGGUUUAUUCCCAACACGCUCAAGUACUACGUCUUACUGCAUGACAUGAACGAGGGGGAUGAACAGAGGGCAGAAACUGUGUAUGAGGAUAUGAAACAGAGGUACGGUUCUCAGGGCUGCUACCUUUUGAAAAUGAACUCUCGUACAUUCUCAGAUGAAGUAGAUGAACAGAUUCCAGACCCCUGGAGUCAAUAUCUUCACAGGAGUAAUCUGCAAAACCAGGACAUUCUUGAUGAUUUAGCUCCAAGUGUCAACAAUGCUGAUUGUGAGAAUGACAUCAGCACAGCUGAAGUGGACUGCCAUCAAACAACAGACAAAGAUGGGGUACCCAACAGUCUGGAAAGCCAUCCUCUGCAGCUUGACACAGUCAGCACCUCUGGGAGCCUCUACACCCUCGGUGCUGUAAACACUGACCCAAAGACAGGUGCAAGAGAUCCAGAAAGUCUGCCAGGGAUAUCGGGAAGCCAUGGGGUGUGCCUGACCUUGAAUGACCAUGACCACAUCAGACAAUUUCUCCAAGAGUUCACCUUCAGAGGCCUGCUGCCACACAUAGAGAAGAACAUCAGACAGCUCAAUGACCAGUUGGUCUCCAGGAAAGGUCUGAGUCGGUCUCUGUUCACUGCCACCAAGAAGUGGUUUGGCGGGGGCAAAGUUCCAGAGAAGAGCAUCAGUGAACCAAAGAGCACGUGUGGCCUCCUAUAUCCUCCAGAAGCCCCAGAGCUGCAGAUCAGGAAGAUGGCCGACCUAUGCUUUCUGGUUCAGCAUUAUGAGUUGGCUUACAACUGUUACCACACUGCCAAGAAAGACUUCUUGUCAGACCAGGCCAUGCUGUAUGCUGCAGGAGCAUUGGAAAUGGCUGCAGUGUCAGCGUUUCUGCAGGCUGGAGCUCCUCGACCGUACCCGGCACACUACAUGGAUACUGCGAUACAGACGUACAGAGAUGUCUGCAAAAACAUGGUGCUUGCUGAGCGCUGUGCUUUACUCAGUGCUGAAAUCUUGAAGAGUCAGAGCAAAUACUCAGAGGCUGCAACUCUUCUCAUUAAGAUGACUAGCGAGGACUCUGACCUGCGCAGUGCUCUGCUAUUGGAGCAGGCUGCCCACUGCUUUAUCAACAUGCGUAUUCCAAUGGUACGCAAGUUUGCUUUCCAUAUGAUCCUGGCUGGUCAUCGCUUCAGCAAAGCAGGACAGAAGAGGCACGCACUGCGCUGUUACUGCCAAGCCAUGCAGGUAUACAAGGAGAGGGGCUGGUCUCUGGCAGAGGACCACAUCAACUUCACAAUUGGGCGUCAGUCCUUCACACUUCGGCAACCAGAGAAUGCUGUGACAGCUUUCAGAGAGAUCUUGACCAAUGACAGCAGGCAGACUGCCACACAGCAGGGUGCCUUUCUCAGAGAGUAUCUCUUUGUUUACAAGAGUGUAAUAGCUGGAAAUGAAGUUGACCUUCCCCCGCUGCCUCUCCCCUGCAUCCUCAGCUCAGCCACAAGAAUUUAUUUUGGACAUGAUCGCCGCCUUGCAGAAGGGGAAAAGCAGGCAGCUACUCAUGUAUCCCUCGAUCAGGAGUACGAUCAGGAUUUGGCAGCCAUGUGGUGCAACCUGGAGGAGCAGCUCGUGGCAGCCUCCAACAGGGGGAUUGUCCCAGUUAACUUCCAGCCCACCCAGUGCUGCCUGAACAGCCAGACCGACAACCUGCGCUCCCCACUGGCUGUGGUAGAGGAGCCAAUCAUAGUUGAAUUGACGUUUCGGAACCCUCUCAAGGUUUCUCUGGCUCUGUCCAAUCUAUCGCUCCUCUGGAGAUUCACUGCCAAUGCUGCUUCUCCAUCAGAGACGUCUGACGAGUCGUCCAUCACCAAUGAGGAGACCUUAUCUCUAGGGGUGACACAGAAUGAUGAAAUUGUCACCACUGAGGUCAUCCAGGAGUUUCAAAUGGAUCCGGAGGAGACUAAAAUGGCUCGCCUCAGGCUGCUGCCUCACAGAACAGGCCAGCUGAACAUCGUGGGUGUUGUGUACAACUUGGCUACAGCCUUAUCUGGAGAGAAGGCUCCCAGUACUGAAGGCCAGCAAACUUUGGAUUUGAUCGUGGUUCGAGGCAGACAAGACCUGAAAAUUCAAGGCCCUCGACUCAAUCAAACCAAAGAGGACAAGAUGUUGGUUCGGCAUGGUCCUGAUCAUCGACUGGAUCCCAUCAUAACACCACCCAUGCCCCUAAUGGAGGUCUUUUUCUUGCAGUUUCCCACUGCUCUUCUGUGUGGUGAGAUCAGAAAGGCCUACGUUGAGUUCUGUAACGUCAGCAGUGUUGCUCUGUGUGGCCUUCGAGUGGUGUCUACGCACCCGCAUUUCUUUACCUUUGGCAGCCAGGCCACAACACCCCUCAGCCCCAGCUCAACUGAAAACUGUUCAGCCUAUAAAACCAUGGUGGCGCCCCCCCAGUCCAACUGGGUGGCAUCAGAGGUGCUGGUUUCACCUGAGGACUUCAGUCAACUGUCUGGUGUGAUGGAGAUACCCAUAGAUGGAAACACUCUGCAGCCAGGGGAGUCCACCCAACUGCCUCUGUGGCUCAGGGGACCAGACCAGGAGGGAGUUCAUGAAAUCAGUUUCCUCUUUUACUAUGAGAGCACAGAGAAAGGACUCAAAAUGAGUCAUCGUGUGUUACGUCACACAGUGUUUAUCUGUGCCAGUCGUUCUCUAAGUGUGCAGGCCUCGGCUUGCCGCAGCAGCGUUCCUCCACAUCACAGUCAGGAUGACAAGGGCAGUGGUGGAACGCUGGUCUUUAUUGAUGUAGAGAACAUCAACACGAGUGAAGCUGGCGUGCAAGAGUUCCACAUUGUCCAAGUCUCGAGCAGCAGUCAACACUGGCGCCUCCACAAGUGUAUCAAUCCUGCCAAGGAUAAAGACUGUAAACUCACUAGCAGAGAGAGAGCCAAGCUGUGUUUCAGGGCCACAAGAUGCAAGCCCCUCCAAGCUACCUCAGAUGCUGUACAGAAGUACACAUUUGCAGACCUGAAUCUGGGAAAUGAACAGAUCAUCAGUUCCUCUACACCCUGUGGAGAUUUCUUUUUCCGUGGAUGUUGGACCUCAGAAUCUCAGCGAGUAAAUGUGGCACCCUCUGGGAGAUCAUCCAGCAACAAGAGUCAGAGCUCUGUUUCCACUGAGGACACUGACAUUAACAACAUCGUAAAGAAGUGUAAUGAGCUGGACCUCAACAUCAUCGUCAUUUGGAAGGCUUACGUAGUAGAGGACAACAAACAGCUGAUUCUAGAGGGCCAGCUCCAUGUGGCCUUGCAGACCAUUGGCAAAGAGGCCUGUUCUUUACUUCCCAAAGAGGAAGCUCAGGAGAUGGUGCUACUCAAGUUUAAGUCGGAGCUGCCCCCCCCAGUCGUCCUCCCCUCUGCAGAGCUGUCCCAGCUCAUCAAAAGCAACCUGCACUACCCUGAGACCUACACACAUCCAUUUGUCCAGGAUAGCAUCUGUGUGGUGCCAGUUACAUUGACUCUGUCAAACUGUUCCUUGGCUCAAGUGGAUGUCAUCAUUGAGUUGCGGCACAAAAGCACCUGCCAAGAGUCUCUAGAGGUCCAUAGCUCUUUCACCUGGGUGGGUCAGACUGAAUACAAGCUGCAGCUAAAGCCUCAAGAGGUGCUUUGCCUGACUCUACGGGCCUGUUUCCUCCAGGCAGGAGUCUACAACCUAAACACUCCAAGAGUCCUUGCCAAGCCAGCCAGGCUGGGAGCCAUGUGUGAGACUAGUCAGCAGACCGCUAGUCCUGCUCUCAUUAUUAUCAAUAAUGCCUGAGUAGAGCAACAUGGCCUGCGAGGAAGAAGGCCUGGACAUUGUGGACGCAGAACCUGCUGACUAGAGAAUAUUGGCCACUUCUCUACACACAUGAACAUCUUUGUUUUUCUUAAUUAUACUGGACAACAGGAAAAGAAACUGUUGUUUUGUACCAAUGAGUAUAAUAGAAACAGAUUUAUUUAAAACAAAUUGCUACAGUUGAGAGUUAAUGUUGUUCAAUCAUUUUUCAGACAGUUAAUGGACAGAAACUAUUACAUUGAUUUGAUUUUCAUCUGCAUGAAUCUUUUUUUUAAGGAGCCCACUCUUCAAUGUUUACCUUUCCACAGUCCAGUACCUCUAUUUUCCACCCACAUUGUUUAACCCAACAUGACCUGCAUCUCAAACACUGAGACAAGGUAUGUCAUCUUUUAGACAAGUGCUAGUGUUUGACCCAAAUGUGGACCCUGUCACUCACUUUGCAUUAAGGGUUUAUAUUAAACUUCUGCACUAGGUGUUUCAAACAUGUGCCCACAUUGAUCUACAAAAUGAUAUCAUAUGUGCAUUUGUUCUAGCUCAACUGGACUGGCAUGUAUUUCAAGGCACUUGAACUCAUUUUGUGAGCUAUAACUGACAACAACUUCCGUUUGCAAAUAUAUUGCACUGUAGAGGGAAUCAGAGAGCAGGAUUGACAGAACCGUUGGUUUGAAAUGUCAUUUACAUCCGAUACAUCUUUAGUAGUGUAUUCCUCACAACCCAAUUCUCUUUUCAUUAAGUUAGCAUUGUUUGGGUAUCAGUUCUCUUGGUCUAUACUAAAAGGCUAAUGACUACUGGAUCUAUUACAGUAGCCUGUUCUCUGUGUGUGACUUCAUCUUUGAACACUCUAGCUCAUUUUUUUCAUGCGCAUGUGUUUGAUCAGACCAGCAUACACCCUGAGUUUUUGUGUUUAAUCUCAUCGUAUUAUGAUCAAGCUCUUGUAUUAAUUGAUUUGAAAGCUUUUCUGAAGAUUAUGCAUUAUAUUUAUGUAACAAAUUGAAUGUAAAUAGAAAAUAAAACUGUAACUAAUGACA